AUGGCCGACGAAGAAAUCGAACGAGCGGGCGCCAUCCCCAUCGAGCGCCUGGCCGUCAACGGAAUCACCCAGACGGAUAUCAACCGCCUGGGCGAGUUUGGACUCUACACAGUGGAGAGUGUGGCGUACACGCCCAAAAAACACCUGCUGACCAUCAAGGGCAUCAGUGAGGCCAAGGCCGACAAGCUGCUAUCAGAGGCGUCCAAACUGGUGCCCUUGGGAUUCACCACCGCCUCAGACGUGCACCAGACCCGUUCUGGACUCAUCACACUAACCACAGGCUCGUCGCAACUGGAUACUCUACUGGGAGGCGGUAUCGAGACCGGAGCCAUCACAGAGAUGUUUGGUGAGUUCCGAACGGGAAAAUCGCAGCUGUGCCACACUCUGGCCGUCACCUGUCAGCUUCCCAUCGAUCAGGGAGGAGGCGAGGGGAAGUGUCUGUACAUUGACACAGAGGGCACUUUCCGUCCCGAACGUCUGCACCAGAUUGCCCGGCGAUACGGACUCAACGGAGACGAGGUGCUGGACAACGUGGCAUACGCCCGAGCCCACAACUCGGACCAUCAGAUGCAGCUGCUGCAAAUGGCGGCCAACAUGAUGACCAAGUCGCGGUUCUCGUGUCUCAUUGUCGACUCCAUCAUGGCGCUCUACCGAACAGAUUACGCAGGACGAGGAGAGCUGUCUGCCCGUCAGACCCACGUGGCCAAGUUCAUGCGAACCCUGCAACGCCUUGCCGAUGAGUUUGGCAUCGCAGUGGUGAUCACCAACCAGGUGGUUGCCCAGGUGGAUGGAGCUGUGUUCAACCCGGACCCCAAGAAGCCCAUUGGAGGAAACAUUGUGGCUCAUGCGUCCACCACCCGGCUCUACUUCAAGAAGGGCCGAGGAGUGCAGCGAAUCUGCAAGAUCUACGACUCGCCCUGUCUGCCAGAAAGCGGGUGUGUCUUUGCUAUUCAUGAGGAUGGAAUCGGAGACCCCAAGGAUGAGGAGUAG